AUGACUCCACCACCUGAAGGCUACCUGAAGAAAAUUGAAGAGAGAAUGGCAGAGAGUGCAGUAACCUUUCUGCUCAACCAGUUGACGCUCUUGCUUUGUAAAGAGGCAAAGCUCUUGGGAGGAGGAAUACGGGAAGAAGUUGAGUGCAUCAGAGAUGAACUGGAACGCGUGAGGGCUUUCCUGAGAGUUGCUGAUGCAAAGGAAGAGACUGAUCCAGAACUCCAAGUAUGGGUUAAGCAAGUGCGGGAAGUUGCUUACGACACUGAAGAUGUUCAUGAUGAAUUCAUGCUCCACCUCGCUCAUCAUCAAGGGGACGGAUUCUAUGGUUUUCUCUUUAGGAUGUCUUGUUCUAUCAGGAACUUGAAAGCUCGUAAUCGAAUUGCUUCUGAGAUACGAAGAAUCAAGUACAGAGUCAGCAAUAUUGCCGAGGGACAUCAGAGAUACCGUUACAAAUUUAGUCUCUCAGAGCAAGGAUCAAACUCCAGUAUUAUCAACAAUGCAUGGUAUGAUCGUCGAGGUGAUGCACUUCUACUAGAAGAAGCUGAACUUGUGGGCUUUGACAAGCCUAGGAAACAGCUAAUUGAGUGGCUUGUUGAAGACAAUCGGAAACUCAAAGUUGUUUCAGUGGUGGGAAUGGGGGGGUUAGGAAAAACUACCCUUGUUAAGAGAGUUUAUGAGGAUGUAAAGGUGAAAAGAAUUUUUCAGAACCAUGCUUGGAUCACCGUUUCUCAAUCGUUUGAGCUCAGGGAGCUCCUAGAAGACUUAAUUCAACAACUCUUCGACGAAAUUAGGCAGCCGGUCCCUCAAAGAGUCGAAACCAUGGACAACAACAAGCUGAAGGCACUAAUCAAAGAUUUCCUCCACCAGAGCAGGUAUGUACUUGUUCUAGAUGAUGUUUGGAGUAUAAAUGCAUGGGAUGUUUUCAAAUAUGCAUUGCCUAAUAACAAUCGCGGCAGCCGUGUACUGCUUACAACGCGCAUUGUUAAUGUAGCUUCUACCUCUUGUGUAGAAUCUCAUGGUAACAUCUAUACUAUGAAUGCAUUGUCUCCGGAAGACUCUUGGACUCUGUUUUGUAGGAAGACAUUCCAAGAGAACUAUUGUCCUCCACAUUUAGAAGGACUCUCACGAAGUAUCUUAGGAAAAUGUGAGGGCUUGCCACUUGCAAUAGUGGCAAUUAGUGGUGUUUUGGCCACGAAAGACAUGAGUGGAAUGCAUGAAUGGGAAAUGGUUCACCGCAGCCUUUGUGAUGAACUAGAAGGCAAUGACAAAUUUGAGAGUAUGAAAAGAAUAUUGUCUCUCAGUUAUAAUGAUCUACCUUACUAUCUGAAAAUUUGUUUCUUGUACUUUUGUAUAUUCCCUGAGGAUUAUCAUAUAAAGAGCAUGAACCUAGUUCGACUGUGGACUGCGGAAGGAUUUGUGGAAGUUAGGGCUGGAAAAACAACAGAAGAAGCUGCCGAGGGCUACCUCAAUGAGCUUGUCAACAGAAGCUUGGUCCAAGUUGCAGAUACAACUGAAGAUGGAAGGCCUAAAAUUAUACGCAUUCAUGACCUUUUGCGUGAAAUUACUAUUUCGAAGUCAAGAGAACAAAACAUUGUAACAAUAGCUAGUGAAGGAAACACGUGGUGGCCGGAAAAAGUUCGACGCCUAUCAAUCCACUAUACCUUGGGGAAUGUACAGGAAAGUAAAAGUUUUUCUCAACUUCGUUCAUUGCUCAUGUUUGGUGUGGCAGAACAUCUGUCCAAGUCAACGGUGCAGAUAUUAUUCAAUGGUGGUGUGAGGUUGUUGAAGGUUUUAGAUCUCAGAGGUGCUUCUUUGGAGACACUUCCAGAUGCAGUUGUCAAAUUAUUUCAUCUCAGGUAUUUAAGCUUGAGGAGAACGAAGAUUAAAAUGCUUCCAAACUCCAUUGGAAAGCUUGAAAACCUUCAAACUUUGGAUAUUAAACACGCCUAUGUAACUGAGUUGCCUAUUCAAAUCCUAAAGCUCCAACGACUUCGUCAUCUCCUGGUGUAUGGUUACAACAUAAAAGAAGGUUAUUUGCACUUUAUAGAUGGUUUUAAAACAUUAGCAAGGAUAGGAGGAUUGUCAUCUCUGCAGAAACUCUGUUACAUUGAGGCAAACCAUGGUGAUGGUGGCAUUAUAGCAGAAGAGUUAGGAAGGCUAACCCAACUGAGGAGAUUAGGGAUUGUUAAGUUAAGAAGUCAAGAUGGACUGGCUUUGUGUUCCUCCAUUGAUAAGCUGAGCAACCUUCGGUCAUUGACUGUAGGUUCAUUUGACGAGGACGAGAUCAUUAAUAUUCAAUCUUUGUCUUCACCUCCUAAGUUUCUUGAACGACUUUAUUUGGAUGGACGUUUAGAGAAGUCACCACAUUGGUUUUCUUCUCUCCAUAAUCUGGUGAAAGUAAAAUUAAGAUGGAGCAAAUUAAGAGAUGAUCCACUGCCCUACCUUCAAGAUUUGCCCAACCUGGUAGAGAUUGAAUUGUUUCAAGCGUAUGAAAGGGAGGAAUUGUGCUUCAAGUGCGGAGGGUUUCAGAAGCUCAAGAUAUUGUGGCUUCUAAGCUUAAAAGGUUUAAGUCGGGUGACAGUGGAGGAGGGUGCAAUGCCAUUUCUUGAACAGCUUUAUUUCCGAGAAUGUGAAUUGUUGGAGGAGGUGCCCUCAGGUAUUGAGCAUCUAACCAACCUUAAAAUCCUUGAGCUUGUUGAUAUGCCUCAUAAAUUAGUUAUGAAAUUGAAUCAAGACAGACAAGGGAGUACUUGCAUAUCCUUUUAUCAGAACAGAGAGUGGAGUGCUGGAGUAGGCAAAUCUUGCAUAGUAGAAUGCUCAAUCAAUUUUUUUAACAGCUUUCCUCACUCUCUCAGUGACCUUCUUGAUUCCAUUAUUGUUGGUGUUGCAUCUGAGUGUCAAUGUAUAGCGAGGCUAGGCCUUGAUCGUCAUUUGGAUGAAGAGGAGGAAAAAUUAAGGCUGUCAGCACGAGCUAUGGUAGCUAAUCCUAGUGAUGGUGGUGAAGCAAAUAGCAAACAUGCGGUUGACAUAUUUGGGCAAACUCAUGCUCCUGUAGCCAAUGAAUAUUCGAGUGCAUGA